CCUAUAAGCGCAAUGAAGAGCGCUACUGGUGACUAUGUCGUACAUGUCCCCAUUCGCUAUGGUGUGCCAAUAGUUCAUCGACUUCGCAGACAGCUUCUGAGAAGUAUUUUGAAAAGCUGACCUAGCUACAAUCACCAUAGCUAGUUGCACACUUAGAACUUGUAACAUUAGCGAACGGCGUAGAGCGAACCAUCACUUCACCAUAGCAACCGCGGUCACAUAACGGCGUCCCGAACACACAUACACUACCAAUACCUUAUUAUCAUUCUUGCUUAAAGCGGCCGACUAAGGCGCAGCCUCUGAAACAGAGGCGAGCGGCGACGAUGCAGCGUCGCGAGGCGCGCGUGGGCGCGCUGUGGAUUUUAGCAGUCGUGCUUCUUUUAGCGGCAGGAGCUGAAGCCCAGCGGAAACGACCUCCGCCGGCGCCUCCCGCCCCUAAAGGCGCCAAGCAGAACCGUAAGAGGCCACCGCCUCCUCUUGCCCAGCAGAGCGAGGAUAGCCCCCCGCCUGCCUCUCCCUCGCCGCCGCGGCCUCCAACUGCACCCUUCACCCAGCCCAACUUCCUGGUCCUUCUGGUCGAUGACCAGGACUACCUACUCAACAGCACCGACCGCAAGUACAUGCCCAAGCUGCACAAAUACAUCGGCGACCAGGGCCUCCACCUCAACAACUUCAUCGUCACCUCGUCCCUGUGCUGCCCCUCGCGCGUCAGCCUGCUCACCGGCCGCCUCACGCACAACCACAACGUCACCUCGAACCAGGCGCCGCAGGGCGGGUGGAAGAAGUUCCAGAGCCUCAACCUUGACAAGAACUGGCUGCCGCUCAAGCUCAAGCCCCUGGGCUACAACACCUACUUCACUGGAAAGUUCAUCAACCUGUUCGAUGUGCCUGUCGGUGACACCAAGAACUGCCCCAAGGGCUGGGACAUGUUUGACCCGCUAACCGACAAGACCGUGUACGACUACAUUAACUACGACUUCACGCCGCAGUGCGCGCGCACCGACAGCUUCACCAACGCCUACCAGACCGACACCGUCUCACAGCGUGCUAGCAACUACAUCGAUGACGCCGUGAGCAAGGGCAAGCCCUUCUACCUGCAGGUCAACCCCGCCGCCUGCCAUACCGCCUGCCCCAAGGGCGCGGAGGAGGGCGGCUCAUGCGUGCCGCCCGUGCCCAGCCCCAAGUACGACGGCGUGUGGUCGGGGCUGAAGGUGCCCCGCCUUGCCAACUUCGACGUGCCGCUCCCCAACGCAUUGGGCAUUGGCAACGACGUCAAGGGCGUGGACAAGCACUACCAGCGCCGCGUGGAGACGAUGAUGUCGGUGGACGACAUGAUUGAGUCGCUGGUCACCAAGCUGGAGACCCUGGGCGUGCUGGACAACACCUACGUGAUCUACAUGUCGGACAACGGCUACCACCUGGGCAACCACGGCCUGGCCAAGGGCAAGACGCUGCCGUACGAGGAGGACAUCCGCGUGCCCUUCUACAUGCGCGGCCCCGGCAUCCCCGCCGGUGUCGUCUCCCCCUACAUGGCGACCACUGUGGACGUGACCUCGACGCUGGUGCAGCUGGGUGGCGGCUUGCCGCAGACUGAGGACAUGGACGGCGUGCCGCUGCCGCUGGACCGCAUUGUGCCCGGCGGCGCCGCGUACGCGGGCAACCGUGGUCGCAAUUCCUGGCCGGCAUUCCCCAGCUCGCCUGCCGGCGAGCUGCGCACCAUGCUGCCGGUGGAGAUGUGGAUCAACUCGCUGGCUAGGGACCUGGACAAGAAGUCGUACCGCAGCGUGCGCAUCUGCACUAACUACACGCUCACCAACGACGGCCGGACAGAGACGUGCUGGAAGUACACGAUUUGGUGCGUGUGGCCGACCACCACCAACUACAAGGAGCUGUUUGACCUGGGCGCCGACCCUGUGGAGAUCAACAACAUCAUGCCCAACCUCGCCUCCAACCCCAAUCUGGGCCGCCUGGUGAACCGGCUGGACGCGAUGCUGCAAGCCACCGGCUACUGCGCCGGCAGCUCAUGCCGCAACCCCUGGAGCAAGCUGCACCCCGAGGGCGGCGUUGACACGUUGGAGGAGGCGAUGAAUGUGGCGUUUGACGAAAAGUAUGCGGCCUACACAAAGUUUGCGUGGCGCUCAUGCACGCAGUACCUUGACCCGGUCAACAAUGAGAUUGGCGAUAAGUCACUCGGGUCAACCAGCCGCUGGACCCCCACCGCCUCUGGGUAAGGGUUCUAGGCUGCUAUACAGCGGGCCUGAGGACACGGGCCGGGAAUCCGGUCCCCGACCCAAUUAGGAAACGAAUGAAUCGUUUGAUAAUCAUUGGUGGCUUGCGGUAGCUUGGAAACAGCAUGGUAUUGUGUUGGGAUUGAUUUCGGGUGCUGUGCGUUGUGUGUGAGCGUGCGGCUGGGAAUGUGGCUGGCCCGAUUAGGAAGGAACAGGCAUACAGAUAGGAGGAGGGGCAUAAGCACAGUGAUUAGCAUGCAGUGUAGCGUGCUCCCUUCCCGGCCAGGGGUGCCCCUGUUCCUGGCUCAGCAUGGACGAGCUUUACGCGGACCAAGCAUGCGCGCGAGCGGAAGAGUAUGCAUCAAUGCCAACUGCGGGUGUUUGGAGCAGGUGGUAGGAGCGGGCACCCCUUGCAAGGGGCAUCCAGAGUUCAAGAAGAUUCCCCUUAUGACGAAUUCACAUGUAGUGAGGAAAACAGAAGACUGGGGACCUUCACCAUGUUAGUGCCGCCGUACCGCGCUAAAAGAGCUGCGCAGACGGUCUGUCCUUGCCAAUGAUAGACCUUGACCUGACAAUGGCCGAUGCCAACGAACACGUGUUGAUGUUGUGACUACCUGUUGACUUGGCUUUGCGAGAGUUGUGACACUGCACUGAGUGCAAACGGCUGGCGACAAGCCAUAUGACCACACUGCGGACGGGGCGUGCCUCUGCACCCGGACU